AUGGCCCCUCUCCAGGCGUUCCUCGCCAACUCCGCCUGGUUCGCAGCUGGGUCAGCGGUGGCGGCGUCUUCAGCAUUCCCUCGGUUUGUUGGGUUGGAGAAUUGGGGAGUAUCUGCUUCGGCCGUCGACCGUGCCCACCCUUCCGGGGUCUCUGCAUGUCUCGCCUCCGAGCCCAAAAAGGCGGCGCCGCCGCCGCCGCCGGCGAAUCUUGGCGGGCGGCUACAUUGCGAGGAGAGCAAGCGAGUUAUCCGGACUGAGGCAGAAGUAUUCGUCAGGACCUAUGCAAGAACACCGGUCGUCAUCCAGAGUGGCCGUGGUUGCAAACUCUACGAUGUCGAAGGGCGGGAGUAUCUCGACAUGGCGGGAGGGAUCGCCGUCAACUCGAUCGGGCACGGAGACCCGGAUUGGGUUAAGGCGGUGGUCGAGCAGGCAGGCACGUUGACUCACGUCAGCAAUAUCUACUAUACUCUUCCCCAGGUAAGAGAUUUCUUUCUCUGAGAUUUAUAUCUAGCCAGAAGAAGCGCGUUGUCUACUGAUUAUUUCGUCAAUCGGAAUGGUGGUGCUUGAUGAUGGUUUGAUCUCGGGCUUCUUCAUCGUUCCGUCAUCUUUUGCAUCGCAGGUUGAGCUCGGAAAACGACUGGUGGACUGUUCUUUCGCCGACCGAGUCUUCUUCACGAACUCUGGAACAGAAGCGAAUGAAGCGGCGAUUAAGUUUUCCAGGAAAUUUCAGAGGUCGUCGCACUCUGGCGAUGAAGAAGCUCCUACGGAGUUCAUCGCCUUCUCCAAUUGUUUCCAUGGCCGGACGAUGGGCGCCCUCGCCCUGACGAGCAAGGAGCAGUACAGGACGCCUUUUGAGCCACUCAUGCCUGGAGUUACCUUCCUAGAGUACGGGGACAUUGAAGCUUCCAAGAACGCUAUAAAAUCUGGCAAAGUGGCUGCGGUCUUCGUGGAGCCAAUUCAGGGCGAAGGUGGAAUAUACAGCGUCACCAAGGAGUUCUUACUGGCUCUGCGUUCUGCUUGCGAUGAAGCUGGUGCACUCCUGGUUUUCGAUGAGGUAAGAGCUUUAUUUGGCAUCUGGGCAUGGUCAGUAUCGCUUCAUUUCUUCUCCCAAAGCACUCCUCCCGCACAUAUCUACAGUGUUUUUUCUAUGCAAAAAUUGAUUUUUUCAGAUUAUUGAAAGUGCUUAUUUCAGCUUAUAGUCAUUGAUGAUGAUUUCACUCAGAUGGGUUCACCCUGAUUAUUAGCCCUCUAAUAACGCUCUAAAACUCAUACUCUUGAUGACUACUACUUAUUUGCUGUAGAAUUUCGUGUUUUAACCUUAGUGGAAAAUUUUCAUGUAUCCGAUGAUCUAAUCACUUGUUAGGAAUUUAUACGCUGUAGUCAUUUAGUCAUUUAUCCAGGGUCUCAGCCCCUCUUGUUGACUGAUGUAGUUUCCUCUGUUUUUCGGAGAACAGAGGGGAGGAGCAGCGGAAAGCUGCCUCGAUUUUCAUUGAUGUUUCUCUCGAAUUAUAUAGGGAGGGAACCCUACACCGCAAUUCCUAGAAUCCCCUUAGGCUACACCGUAAUAUGUCAAGCUCGGCAUGAUCAUCCCAGGUUGGUGCAAUGAACUCGUCUAGGCUGGUAUAAAAGUAUAUAGACAAGCGCUGAUAAACAUCCAUGAGAUCCCCUGUUUCAGCAACCUGAAAGAGACUGAUUGGCAGUGAGUGGAGCUAGAGUGGGAGAACACAAACCAUGAUUCAUGUUUUCUAAUCAUUUAAUCUGUAAUUCAAAUUUAAUUACUAGUGAUCAUCGACGAAGCUACAGUUCAUGUGGAGCAACGGGAUGAGGAAUGGAGAUGGAUUAAGCGGACUAUCGAGAUAUAUUCCUUGAGAUUAAUGGGGGAAGAGAGGGGAGAGGGUGAGCAUCUCCUGUUGAUUUCCUUCUUGUUACUGCUUUGCUCCUGUGCUUCAUAAUGUGGUGGCCUCAUAACACUUUAAAAUCAUCCUCCACAGUUUAUGGAAUCCGUUUUGCCUCAAUACAAGAUCCUGCCAUAGCUUAUCUGAUCAUGCCCACUAUAGGCUUCUGCAAUCAAUGGUUUUUGCCUUUGGCAUAUGAGAUCGGAUCACGAGGCUCAGUUUUAGUCAUGAGACGAGACCCAUCGAGAGCUUUGAGGGUUUUAUGGAGAAAUAUUAUUUUUUUCUGGUGGGCUUAAAGUACUUGUAAUUCUCUCAAUAUUUCAUCUACAUCGUUCUGAUUAGUCCUAAACCAUCCACCCUCGUUGAAAUUCCGGCUGCCAUGUGGGUUCUCCAGGUUCAAUGCGGGCUGGGCCGGAGCGGGUUCCUCUGGGCCCAUGAGGCCUUCGGCGUAUACCCCGACAUAAUGACACUUGCGAAGCCGCUGGCCGGAGGCCUGCCCAUUGGCGCCGUCCUGGCCACCGAAAGGGUCGCCGCCAGCAUCGGAUUCGGCGACCAUGGCAGCACCUUCGCCGGAGGGCCGCUGGUUUGCCACGCCGCGCUAGCGGUUCUCGACAAGAUUCAGAGCCCCGGGUUCUUGGAGGGCGUCUUGAAGAAGGGCGUCCACCUGAGAGAAUUGCUCUCCAAGAAGCUGGGGGGGAGCCGGCACGUGAAGGAGGUGCGCGGGUUCGGGCUCAUAGCGGGGAUCGAGCUGGACGUCCCGGCAGCUCCCCUCGUCGAGGAGUGCCUGAGCUCCGGCCUUCUGGUCCUCACGGCAGGGAAGGGCAACAUCGUGCGGCUCGUCCCGCCGUUGAUAAUAUCCAAGGAGGAGAUCGAACUAGCCGUGGAGAUCAUAUCCAGGUGCUUGCCGGCUCUUGAUCGUGGGAGCUCCAGUUAA